AUAAAUUCUGAACCCUUCAAACCAUCCUUCCAUCCGUAUCACCUUUUUCUUUUCUUUGUCAACCGAUUCACUCAUCAAGAACAUAACCAGCGGAACAAUGGCCGACGUAGCAGCGAAGAAUCCGAUAGAGACGAGGGAGGGGCUCCUCCAUCUCGCCCGUUUGACCAUGAGGACCAGGGACUACCGAUCCAUGUUCGACUACACGAAGAAGCUCAUCCAAAUGGUGAUGCCGACCGAGGAUCUCACUGAAGACGAGCGCGAUUGCUUCAGCUCUGCCUGCAAGUUCUUCAUCGAUGGCCAUCUCAAUACCUGGCGCCACCUCGAUUCUGUGGUGUUCGAUAGCAGCGCUAAAUGCUCCCGGAGGGAAUCCGCCAGAGAAUAUCAGGGGUUGAUUGCGGACGAGAUCAGAGAAAUCUGUAAGGAUAUUUUAGAAUUAAUCGAUCGCAGCUUAUCUUUUUCCGGAAAAGAGGACGUGGCUAAGAAGAUGACGACGGAGACUAGGGUUUUUUAUAUGAUGAUGAAGGGGGAUUGCCUCGGCUACGCGGCGAUGGUCACAAAAGGGCCGGGGAGGGUGAAUGCAGAGGUUGCUGCUAUCGAAGCAUAUAAUGCUGCCAUGGAAGAGGCAUCGAAAUUGCCAGAGCUGAACCAAACUCGACUAAAGUUAGCUCUCAAUUUUGGAACGUUUCAUGCUGACUUAUGUCAAGCAUUCAGUUUGGGUUGCACCGUUGCAAAGGAGGCGCUUGAUAAGGCUAAACAAGCCAUGGCAAUUAGUGAGGAUCAAGUAUCUUCUGAUGCCAGUGGGUUAUUGGAAGAACUCCGCAACAAGAACGACAUUUGGAUGGCUAGAAUAGCAGCUGAACCAGAGCAGGAGAACAAAGCUUGCAGACGCCUCAGUGCAACAGAGCCACCUUUCAAAGGCUCGGUAAAGCUAAAUCAAGCUCCAUUGAAAACAUUCGAAUUAUUUGGAGAAUGGCAAGUGAUAUGUCCAUCUGGCGAUUGAGUUUAGCCUCAAUA